CCCCACCAACACGAUCAUACCACACCAUGUCCUCCCAAGCCAUCCUCGUCCUCGGCGGCACCGGCACAGUUGGCAGCCGGAUUGUCCGACAGCUCUCAUCCUACCACUCGACAACAAACUCACCGCCCUACCACAUCCUCAUCGCAUCCCGCAACGGCACCUCGUCAUCAGAGGAACAACCCCAAAACGUCCGACAUGUUAGCUUCGACUGGCACAACGCAGACACCUGGUCCAGCGCCUUUUCUGCCUUUCCUUUCCCGGUCCGAUCAGUCUACCUGAUCGCACCACUUUCGCUGGACGCCGACCGCCUGAUGACCUCGUUCGUCGACUUUGCCCGCGAGCGCGGCGCCCGCCGCUUCGUGCUGCAAAGCGCCUCGUCCGUCGAGCCUGGCGGACCGGCCAUGGGCAAGGUGCAUUCCUAUCUGAGAGAGCUGGGCACCCGCGGGGAGCUGGAGUGGGCUGUCUUGAGGCCUACCUGGUUUCAGCAGAACUUUGCCAACCAGUCUAAUCACGUCAAGAGUAUCAGGGAGGAGAGCAAGAUCUACUCGGCUACCGGCGAGGGCAAGAUCCCUUGGGUCGCGGCUGAUGACAUCGCGGCUGUCGCGGUCCGCGCCCUGACGAAUAAGGUGCCGCCGAACACCGAGUAUCUGGUUCUCGGGUCCGAGCUGCUUUCUUAUGGCGAGAUUGCUGGCAUCCUCACCGAUGUACUCGGAAGGAAGAUUGUGCACGUCGACCUCUCGGCUGAGGAGCUCGAGCAGCGCCACCAGAGAUUCGGCAUGCCCGAGGACUACUCCAAAAUGAUGAGCGCCAUGGAUACCGCCAUCAAGUUCGGCUCCGAGAACCGGACGAACGAUGUGAUCUUGGCUGUUACGGGGGCUGCCCCGAGGAAGUUUAGGGAUUUUGCCCUGUCGGCCAAGGAUGUGUGGGAGACUGGCAAGAAGGAGUAGCCCUCUAUUGCAGC